AGAGAGAGUUUCAAAGUUGUAUUAAAAAUUGAAAGGUAUUGAAGAUUUUUCUUAUUAGAAUUUUUUUCUUUUCUUUGAUGUGGAUUGAAUAUUCUGGAAGUUCGUGAGAAAGCCAUUACUCUCUCUCUCUCUGUCUUGCAUUGAGACCUUUAUGUUCUAUAAAAUGACUCACAACCCAUAUCCCUCCAAACUCCCCUAAUUGCUCUUCAUUUUCUCUCUUUUCUCAUCACAACACAGAGAGAGAGAGAGAGAGAGAGAGAGAGAGAGUUAUGGAGGAUAUAGCUUGUUUAUGGAGUUAUCAAGAGAGCAUAGAUGAAUUGAAGCAAAAGCUUCUCCACACCACUCUGGAACUAGAAUCAAUCAAAGUACAAGCAAAUGAAGAGCUAAGAAAGAAUAGAGACUACUCAAAUCAACUCCUCCAACUCCUCAAGAUUACUUUCCAUGAAAGAGACCAAGCCAUAGACCAGCUCCAAAAGCUCCAAAACCAUCUCACCAUCCCUCAAAUCCAACCCCACAACACCCCUCUCCCCAAACCCAUCAAUUCAAUUUCAAGCAUAACUGAUUCAGACUCUCUCUCCACCAAUUCCUUCUUCGAUUCUGUCUCAUCCCCAGAACUCUCCACCAUAAACAUGCCUGAUUCAACUAACGAUCAGGCUUGUUUGGUUAUUGAGAAAAUUGUGGAGGGAAAGUCUCUGCCUAGAAAAGGUGAGCUUUUACAGAGUGUGCUGGAAGCAGGGCCUCUGCUUCAGACACUUCUCGUCGCCGGACCACUGCCGCGGUGGCGGAAUCCUCCGCCUCCUCUUCAACCCUUCAAAAUCCCACCUGUUUCUGAUGUCAAUUUGAGCUUUGGAGAUAACUCACUGAGUUCGUCAUUGUUUGUUGAGAUGUGUUGUGGGUCAACAACACCUGUUUUGGAUUUUGGAACUGGGGUUUCUGGGUGUUGUUUGGAUGGUGGGAAAAUGAUACCUGCUGGAGAAAAUGCUAACUGUUUUCCAGCCGGAAAGCGACAGAGAUUUCAAUGAAACCACGAUGAUACUCUGUUUCUUCUCUUUUCUUUUUGAGUGAAUUACAUUAAUAGUCCUAUAAUUUGGUACUUGUUUCACUUUGGUCCAUAAA